AUGGGUGAGAAGAUGCUGAGAGGUGUCAGGAGCUUGGGAGGGAAAGGGGAGCCCAAUGAGCUGAAGCAUAUCAAAAAGUUUGAACACCACUGUUACAAGACCUGUCCCGAGAAGACCUACAGCGAAGAAUCGGAAUGCAAAGCGUGUGAGACCAACUGUGGCAGCUGUGACCAGCAUCAGUGCUACUGGUGUGAAGAGGGCUUCUUUCUCCUGGGCGGCUCAUGUGUGAGGAGCUGUGGCCCUGGCUACUUCGGGGACCCAGAGCUGGGACAAUGUGAGCGCUGCCACCCGGCCUGUGAGACCUGCACUGGCUUCGGCCACCAUCAGUGUAGCAGCUGCCAGCAAGGGCUGCAACUGCAGCAGGGGACGUGUGCGGGGCCUGCCCAGACCCAGGAGGAAGGCAAAUUCUGGAAUGGCGGCUCAUGUGUGAGGAGCUGUGGCCCUGGCUACUUCGGGGACCCAGAGCUGGGACAAUGUGAGCGCUGCCACCUGGCCUGUGAGACCUGCACUGGCUUCGGCCACCAUCAGUGUAGCAGCUGCCAGCAAGGGCUGCAACUGCAGCAGGGGACGUGUGCGGGGCCUGCCCAGACCCAGGAGGAAGGCAAAUUCUGGAAUGACAUUUUGAGAGGACACCAGCCUUGUCAUCCUUCUUGUAAAACCUGCAAUGAAUCUGCGACCCUGUGCACUUCGUGUCCAAAAGGCACAUAUCUGCUGGCCCAGGCCUGUGUCUCCUCCUGUCCCGAAGGCACGUGGGCCUCGGCGAGGAGUGGCAGCUGCGAGAACUGUACCGAGGGCUGUGACUCCUGCUCUGGGGCCGAUCUCUGCAGAAAGUGCCGGACUUGGCCAGACUUCCCUCUCCUCCUCCACGAAGGCAGGUGCUACAGCGAGUGUCCCAUGGGCUCCUAUGCAGAAGAUGGCACGUGUAAGCACUGCAGCUCUCCUUGCAGCACUUGCGAAGGAAACGCCACCAACUGCCACUCUUGCCAAGGAAGUCUCAUCCUACACCAGGGAGCAUGCUGGGAAGCCUGCCCCGAGAGGCACGUGGCCAUGGACGGGGUGUGCAAGCAUUGCCCUGAGAUGUGUCAGGACUGCAUCCAUGAGAAGACAUGCAAAGAGUGUAUGCCUAAGUCCUUCCUGUACGAGGAUAUGUGCCAUCCAUCCUGUCCCCGCGGUUUCUAUGCGGACAUACGCCAGUGUGUCCCCUGCCACGAAGACUGUCUGGAGUGUAGUGGCCCCUCGGCAGACGACUGCGAUCUCUGUGCCGAGCCAUCCCUGGUUCUCUACGAUGGACGGUGUUUGGACGAGUGUCCGGUGGGAACUUACUACGAGAAAGAGACUAAGGAUUGCAGAGGUAAAGACUUGCGUGUGUACAGCCAAGCAUUCCAGGGAGCCUGCCACAAUGAUGGCUUUCUGCUGAGACAAAGCAGGUGCUGGGGUUUGCAGGGGCUCGGCCCCCAAGCUGUCAUCCCGUCGGUGUCCCUCCUGCUCAAGAAAGCAGAUUUUUGA